GAGGCAAGCGAGCAGCGCAGAAAGAAAGUCAUCGUGAACGCGCGCGUUUUGUUGCCAGUGAAAUCAGUGUGUGUGCGUGUGUGUGUGUGUCUGUGAACGUGUAUCUGUGUCUCUUGUAUGCUUUUACGAAAUACUUACGUACAUAUUGCCCGAACUACAGCCAGGCCCAAAGAGCCAACGAACUGAUUGAAAGAAGUGCUGUAGCUGUUGCCCAAAUUGACAGUGCCAAUUGCAAGUGUUUCCAGUGUGGAAAGUUGUAUUAAAAGACAGCAAAUAAUUACAACAACACUAUUCUCAACAACUGUGCCGCGGUUGUUCCAUUGAUUAGCAGCUGAGCUAAUCAUUAUCCCAGCCCAAUACCGUAAAACCAACAAUUACAACACAUCAUGAAGUUGCUGAGCUUGUGCCUGUUGCUUCUUGGAGCGCUGCCUAUGCUCUGCCACGCUUAUCCUGCAGAGAGUAGCAAAGGAGCGGCAGACAAAUCCUUGUCGCUAGAGGACACAGAUCUGGACAAUGAGCAGGGGGAGAGCAUCAAAGAUUCACAGAUAGCCAAACGAUCCGGCAGCUUUGAUUAUGUGGCGCAUCUGAAGUCCGGCCUGUUGUCCAGCAUUGGCCAGGCAUCCGCCUCUAUUGCCUCGGGCAGCUCCGGCGGAAGCAGCGGAGGCGGCGACAGCUACAAAUCUCACGAUAUUGUCGUCCAUGGAAACUCUGUGGAUUACGAUCCCUGGUCGUUCAAGAAGUCCGUGUUGAAUACAAUAUUCCAGGCGGUUAAGGCCAUUACAGGUGGAGUGACCGCAUUGAAGGGUCAACUGAUCAAGGGCAGCGGAUACGUGCUUAGCGCUGGCGGUAAUCUGGUAGCGGCAUCUGGAGACAAGGUCACAGAUGUGGGCAAAUCCAUCAUUAAUUCGGCGCACGUCAACUCGCACACCUACGCCACUGGUCACUCCAGCGGCGGUGGCUUUGUGCAUCCCUUUGCCAAGCUGAGCUCCCUAUCGGGUGCCUCCUCAGGCGGCAGCAGCGGCGGCAGUGGCAACAAGCAUUCCGCAUCGGCGCCAGGUCCCGUGCUCCACACAGAGACCAUCACAACGUACGAGAUACCCACGGGACAUGCCAAUUAUGGCCCACCCUCGAAGCCACCAUCGUUCAGCAGUGCCACACACCAAUAUCUGCCACCGGCUGGCUCCAACUAUGUGGGUGGUGGUGGUGGUGCGCCAUUCAGCAUUGGCCACGCGGCAUUCGAGGAGCAUCAGAACAAUUACUUGCCGUCUGCCUAUGGACAAGAUGUGGCCACCGCCGGCACCGACGACUUCAAUGUUUAUGGACGCCACAAGAAACUGACGGACGAUGAGGCACGUAAAGCGGCACUGCAGCUGCAGGAGAUUCUCAGUAUGUUGCCCAAUGGCAAGACGGAGUACACCGCCUCCAAGACAGUGGCACUGGACACAAGCAAUGUUCCGACUGGCUCCAAUGUGGAGCAGGCCGAUCUAUACAACAGUUAUGGUGUUCCAUUGCCACAUAAUCUGGGCACACUGGAGUCACUGUCGCAUACGGAGUCCAUAACGGCAGCUUAUGCGGCAAAGGUGCCACCAAAUCAAGGAGCCGCCGACACCUAUCAUCAGAUGGCCAAAAAGCCGCAGACAGCGGAGGAGGCGUACAUACAGAAACAUCCCAAUGAGGGCUACGAUUAUCAGCCACCAUCACCAUCAUCAACCGCACCCGCUAGCGAUUACAGAGUUGAGAACUAUCAUGCCAACAAGAGCAAUGCUCUCAAGGAUUUGUCACCGAUUAUUGCCGCCUUGGAGGUGGCCAAGCGGAAGGGUCCUAGCAGCAGUGGACCCGUGACAUAUUCCAUUGAGAAGCAGGUGCACAAGGCGGCGCCCUUCCAAUAUUUGCCUCCAGCUGUGCAGAAAACAAAAUACAUUUACAGCGCACCACCAGCAGGACCACCACCAAGACCCAGCUAUAGCGGUGCCUACAAGGUGCGCCGUCAUGUGCCCGUCCAGCGUCCGGGCAGCAUACGCAUGUCUCGGGCACAGGACUACGAUAUUCAGGAUCCGCUGAUGUUCAAUCGCCUGCUGGAAGUGUAGGGAAUGCGUCGAUGCGACGCUCUGGGCGGGUGUUAUUCGUAGUCUAUUUAUAGUCCUCUAAGUCAUAUUCAGCAUUUACAUAUAGUUUUCGUCCUAACCUUACUUAUUUAUGUCCUUAUUCAUUAUUUAUUGAACUCGCCCCUCGAGAGGCAAUAAACGAGCUAAUG